AUGACUGAACACAAGCAAACCGCAAUAUUAUCCGUUUAUGAUAAAACUGGGCUUUUGGACCUUGCUAAAGGAUUAACUGACGCUAAUGUUCGUAUUUUGGCUUCAGGUGGUACUGCAAGAUUAGUUCGUGAAGCUGGAUUCCCAGUCGAAGAUGUCUCGUCAAUUACUCAUGCACCAGAAAUGCUUGGUGGAAGAGUCAAGACUUUACAUCCUGCUGUUCAUGGUGGUAUCUUGGCAAGAAAUUUAGAUAGUGAUGAGAAAGAUUUAGAACAGCAGGGAAUUGAAAAAGUUGAUUACGUUGUUUGUAACUUGUAUCCAUUCAAAGAGACUGUCUCAAAAAUUGCUGUCACUGUUGAUGAGGCCAUUGAGGAAAUUGACAUUGGUGGCGUUACAUUGUUAAGAGCAGCAGCCAAGAACCACCAAAGAGUUACAAUUUUGUCCGAUCCUAAGGAUUAUUCAGGUUUUCUCAAGGAGUUGAAAAAUGGUAAAAUUACCACGGAGACUAGGAACAGAUUGGCAUUGAAAGCCUUUGAACAUACUGCCGAUUAUGAUGUUGCUAUUUCAGACUUUUUCAGAAAACAAUACGCCGAAGGUGUUUCACAAUUACCAUUGAGAUACGGUGCCAACCCUCAUCAAAAGCCAGCACAGGCUUUCGUUUCUGAGGGUGAGUUGCCAUUUAAGGUUUUGAACGGAUCUCCAGGUUAUAUCAACUUGUUGGAUGCUUUGAACUCAUGGCCAUUAGUUAAAGAAUUGUCAGCUUCAUUAAACUUACCAGCCGCUGCAUCAUUUAAACACGUUUCACCAGCUGGUGCCGCUGUUGGUUUACCGUUAUCUGACGUUGAGAAAAAGAUUUACUUUGUUGAAGACAUUGAAAACUUGUCACCAUUGGCCAACGCUUACGCUAGAGCUAGGGGUGCUGACAGAAUGUCAUCAUUUGGAGACUUUAUUGCUCUUUCCAACAUUGUUGAUAAGCCAACCGCUCAAAUCAUUUCCAAAGAAGUCUCAGACGGUGUUAUUGCCCCCGGAUUCUCGGACGAGGCUUUGGAGCUUUUGAAGAAGAAGAAAGGUGGUAAAUACUGUAUUCUUCAAGUUGAUCCAAAUUUUACUCCUGCUAACUUGGAAAACAGACAAGUAUUUGGAGUCACCUUGCAACAAAAGAGAAACGAUGCUAUUAUCAAGGGUUCAUCUUUUAAAGAAAUUGUAUCAAAGAACAAGGAUUUGACUGAACAAGGGGCAGUUGAUUUAACCAUUGCAACUAUCGCGUUGAAAUACACACAAUCAAAUUCAGUCUGUUACUCCAAGAAUGGUAUGGUUAUUGGUUUGGGUGCGGGUCAACAAUCCAGGAUCCAUUGUACCAGACUUGCCGGUGAUAAAGCUGACAACUGGUGGUUAAGACAACACCCAAGAGUUUUAGGUUUCAAAUGGGCCAAGGGUGUGAAGAGACCAGAGAAGUCUAAUGCUAUUGAUUUAUAUGUUUCUAAUCAGAUCCCAACCGAAGAACCUGAAAAAUCUGAAUACGAAUCCAAAUUCGAAGAGAUUCCAGAACCAUUAACUUCAGAAGAAAGAAAGGAAUGGUUGAGCAAGUUAGGCAACGUUGCAUUAUCAUCGGACGCUUUUUUCCCAUUUCCAGACAAUGUUUACAGAGCCGCAAGAUCUGGUGUCAAGUUUAUUGCCGCUCCAAGUGGGUCUGUCAUGGACAAAGCCGUGUUCAACGCAGCCGAUGCUAAUGAUAUAGUUUAUGUCGAAAACCCAAUUCGUUUGUUUCACCAUUGA